GAGAGAGGCAGGAAAAGUUUUUUCAGAAGAAAAUGCAGGGUUUGUGCUUCACCCUGACGUCAGAUCUUGCUUUAAUAAAACCCCCCAAGGGCUGCGGUAAGAGGCGUAUCUGGUGCUCCUGAUGGGCCAGGCCAGUUUUGGCCCAGCUCCCCCAAGAGGUGGCCGGGUCCUCUGGGCUCCUGCUUAAUGCCUUUGCUACUGACUUCCAGGCAUGAGGUGGUUCCUGCCUUGGACGCUGGCAGCAGUGACGGUGGUGGCCACGGCCCUCUCUCCAGCCCCCACGACGAUGGCCUUCACCCCGGAGCCGCUGGAGGACACGUCUUCACGCCCCCAAUUCUGCAAGUGGCCAUCUUGGGGACAACUGCACAGAGGCCGCCAUCUGUGAUCCUCACCGGGGCCUCUACUGCGACUACAGCGGGGACCGCCCGAGAGGUGGUCGGCGUGGGCUGCGUCCUGGAUGGGGUGCACUACACCAAUGGCCAGUCCUUCCAGCCCAACUGCAAAUACAACUGCACCUGCGUGGAUGGCGCGGUGGGCUGCACGCCGCUGUGCCUCCGUGCGCGCCCCCCACGGCUCUGGUGCAGCCACCCCCGGCAAGUGAGCCUGCCCGGCCACUGCUGCCAGCAGUGGGUGUGUGACAACAAUGCCAGGAGGACACGCAAGACAGCGCAGCGCCACACGGGAGCCUUUGCAGCCGCCGGGGAGGUGGAGACAUGGCAGAGGAACUGCAUAGCCUACAGGAGCCCUUGGAGCCCCUGUUCCGCCACCUGCGGCUUGGGGGUCUCUACGCGGAUCUCCAGUGCCAACGCCCGGUGCUGGCCUGAGCAAGAAAGCCGCCUCUGCAACCUGCGGCCGUGUGACCUGGACAUCCGCCCACACAUCAAGGAGGGGAAGAAGUGUUUAGCUGUAUACCAGCCAGAGGCACCCAUGAACUUCACCCUUGCUGGCUGCAUCAGCAUGUGCUCCUACCGGCCCAAGUACUGCGGGGUCUGCGUGGACAACAGAUGCUGCAUCCCCUACAAGUCCAAGACCAUCAGUGUCUCUUUCCAGUGUCCCGACGGGCCGGGCUUCUCCCGCCAGGUGCUGUGGAUUAACGCUUGCUUCUGCAACUUGAGCUGUAGGAAUCCCAACGAUAUCUUUGCUGACUUGGAAUCCUACCCUGACUUCUCAGAAAUUGCCAAUUAGGUGCGCACAAAACACGGGGCUCGGGUCCUGGCCCAAUGCUUGCAAAGCAGCCAGCCCUCUGAGGCCCAGCUGAGCCUUGUUUUGUCCACUUCCCACCCCCUUCUAACCACCCUGAUCCUGACCCUUGGCCCCCUUUUCUUUUUCUGACCAUCGAAAGGACCCAUUAUGGUGCGUUUCAGGCUCAGACUAUGAGUCCAUUCCUUGGCAGCAUUCUACAUACACUUCAAAGAAAGUGUCUCUAGCUGUUCUGGACAAUACCCCAGCUGACAAGCCUGUCCCGUCACUGGAGGUCCUGCUGGGUCUUGCCUGAGUCCAAAGGAACAGAAUCAGCUAGGCAUUCAAUAUCACUAAUUCCCUCUGCAGAUGCCAAACCACAGUAUUCUGGGUCCGUGCGGAAGGACAGAUGGAUAUGGGACAAUGGAAUAGUCUAUUAUUUGGGCCCUGCCAAGUUGCCCUCUAAUAGACAGUUCAAGCCACAGGACACCAAAGUAUCUCUGAUUCCAAAGAUUUGUGCACCCAAGGUCACCAAAUAUUUGCCAAGUGAAGUGAGUGGUUGUUUGGUUUAUGAUUUUUAAUGGUAAGUUGUAUCCAUAAAUCCGGGCAUUGUUGAGGUUAAGUUUCUCUACAUCCCUGCACUGUGAAGGGCACAACUUGGGUUCAUUCCAGAAAGAAAUGCUACUUGACAAAUUCCAUUCUUGUUCAUGGGAAGAGUCCCCAGUCAAUGCUCCAAGGUCAGAGCAGGGUCAGCCAAUUUUCAGAACAAGUGAUGGACCCUAGCACCAAAUCUACUGCUGACCAGCAGGGCCCUGGGCAACUGGCCAGCCUCUUCCUCGCAUCCAGAACCUCUCCCUCCUUAGGGGCUCAUGGGAGCUGGUGGAGCCCCUGGGAUGACCUCUCUGACCCCUAGAGUGGCAUGCUGGAACUUUCCUCUGCUCUUACAGAGCCUUGGGAGACCCAGCCCAAGGCCAGGCCAAACACACCCGAAAUGACUACGACAGGUCCAGGCUUGGUGUGGGUCAAAACAGAAGUGGGUUCAUUCUGCAUCAGUCCAGGCGGCAAGAGUCACGGCCUAGGACAUCUCUUUCCGCCACGGGGGUCCCUGUCACAGACUUUGGGUCUGCUGAUCCAAACAACCCAGUUCUGGUAGGCCAACAGAGGUGUACCAGUCGUUUAGAAGCAGAGUUGUAUUUAACUGGGAUUACAGGCCGCAAGGGGUUGGAGCUAAAAGGAAGAGGAGGUUGUUAUGAAUGGAAAUGAGGCUGUUAUUUAUCUUAUUAGUAAAAAGUAGAUAUUUACUGUUCUAAUUCUUUUAUUUAGUUCCUUCUGGGUGCCAGACAUCAUUCUCAGUGCUUUACAUACGCUAGCUCAUGGUUACUUCACAAGCAUGUCGAAAAGUGACCUUUAUUGUUUCUGUUCUUACAAAUGUGAAACGGAAGAUCAGAAAGGGAUGGCAGCCUGACCCAAGCCCCCAGCUGGGAAGUGAGGCAGGCGGGAGUCGGGCUGCAAAUCCAAGCCAGGCUGACUCUGUCACUGCGCACGCUUCCCAGCGUGUCGGAGCAGGGUAGCCUCGGAAUCAUCGACAUCCCGCUCUCGCGUUUUGCUCUUUCCCUGUCUCUCUGCUCUUCUCCCAAGACAAGACUAUUUGACUUUCAGAUAAUUUAGGCCUCUGGACAGCCAAAGAAAUAUGGAACAGACAAAACCCCAUGAAGCCCACACAGGUCAUCCCCUCCUUCAGAACCAGCUCUCAGCAUGCGUUUGAAAGAUGGCUUUGCUUACCCGAUGCUGCAGAUGGAACGACGUGCAGUAUUGGUGGGAUAAUUCUGUGUGGUGUGCAAAGGAAAUCCUGAACAGGAAAAUGGGACUGGGGAUGCAUCCUGCUUACUGUGACCACCCGGAUGCCUAGCCCAGUGCAAGGCAUACAGUGGUGCUCAACGUGGGUUUGAUGAGUAAAGGGACUGGUGUAGGUGCUAUACUUUCAGGUAGAAGCUCUAUGAUUCCAAAAUUACAUGACAAUCUAAUUUUUAUCAACCAAAUCUUAUUUUAAGAGCCAUAGGAAAAGAUAUUUUUUAAAAUGUACAUUUCUAUUACACAAAAAACAAAGAAGAAUUCUUGUGUGAAGACAAUUUACCCCAUGCAUACUUUCUUCUAUCAAUCUGUGGGGAUCGUACUAGAUUAUCUUGGAGUGAAAUCAUCUGCCAUCUACAAGCAACAAGGACUAGAAGACAGCUAACACUGCUAUUUGCAGAAACUCAAGCGGUAGGUUCUUACUGAAUACUGGGAAACUGAAUAUGACUUCUGAAAUCAGAGGGAGCCUGGCUGGAGGAUUUAGGGGAUUGUCCUGGGAAUGGAUGGGAAGCGGUGGCCGGAAUGCCCCAGUUAGUUUGUUUGGAGAAACGGACCUAUUCUAGGCAGCCGCAGAGGGAAAGUCUCAGCUCUCUGUUUUGAAGUUCUGGGGAAGGAGAUUUGGGCCCAACGUGAGGAAGUUCUUUGUAGCAGUCAGAACUACCCAGCAAUGGUGUGACCUGCUUCAGCAAAAGUUAGUCAUAAUCAUAACAAAAAAAAGUCCCUUUAUUGAGUGCAUACGUGGUGCCAAGAACGAUGCUAAAUUUUAAUUCUCUGACUAAUUACCACAUCAAUUGUAAGUGUCUCUUCCCCAUUUUAUAACUGGAAAGUCAGUUUUAAAUCUGAGACUGAUGGAGAAAUCAGCCAAAAAAAGUUGGAUCUCAAAGCCUUGCUCCUACCGUCUGGCUCUCUGGGAGGCCUCCGGGCCCAGCCUGAAUGACCCCUAUGGGAGGGUCACCUGGGCAGGGGAUCAAGUAGAUCUGAUUGAUCGUCUCUCCUGCCCUGGUAACUUCGCAUUCCAGGUGCGGACAGGUACACCAAGAGCCCAUUAAGCUUUGGUGAAUAAAUUCACGUUAGCACUCAGGGUACAUUUCUCUGGGGCACUUAGGUAGGUAUGGAGGAAGGAGAGAUGAAUUCACCAAACCACUAAUUCUUGCUACAGCUUAACUCAUAAGCAUUUGGUGAGUACUCAGCCCCUAUGCUAGGCGCUCUACUGCCAUAUCUAUUUAAUCAUCAUAGCAAACUUAGGAGAUAUGGCAUUAUUAUCAUUUCCUCAUUUUAGCUGAGAUAAGACAGCUGAGGCUUAUAGAAAUCAUUUGCUCAAUGUCUUACCAGCCAGGGAACUGCAGACCAGGAUCUCAAGCUGAGGUGAGUCUGACGCCAGAGCCGUCUUUUUUGACACCAAGCCCAAUUAGCCUGCCCCCAAGUCAAAAGGUACAGGGGCCACUUUACUGAUAAUAGCUGCAAUUUUAAUUUUGAAGGUGAUUCAGAGAAUGAUCAAAGGAAGCAGACUCAAAUGAUCUGAUUGUCUCUAAUCUCAUUACCAUUGUACUGUGUUUACACAGGCAUUGUGGGGAAGUAAUGUAGCCUGUAACUAUCAUGUUGCAUGAUGUCACUUCUUUUUAAAGCUUUACUUUGAUGCUCAGAGUAACUCCAUGAUGACCCUGCACAUCUGGGAAGCAUAGAUGAUCAGAAUGGGCAACUAUCUCUGCAGGUAGAUUAUAUGUGUGUGUGUGUGUGUGUGUAUAAAUGUAUGUACAUAUCUUUUUUCAGACUGUGACUUAAUAUUUAAGAAUUCCUACUGCCAUUUUUGUAAGUGACUAAAAAAUACAUGCAAAGAAUUGUCUUGGAAUUUCCCAAUAGAGGAAAAAUACCACUUGGGCAAUCUGUCAUGUUUUACGACAUUCCCCAUUUUUCUCAUGAUUUGUGCAGCGUGGCGUGUGUUUGUUCAAUGUGAAGGGUUUUCAUUGCUCAGAUUCCCUGUUUAUAGCUAUUCUCCUUAAAGCAAUAAAUCAUCAGCAAAGUGA